AUGUUUUCAAAGGCACUGGCAACAGCUGGGUUGCUUGCUGGCCUUGCCAUCAACGCCGCCGCCGCCGCCAAUGCGGUCCCCACCAUUGAAGCUGUGGGAGCCAAGUUCUUCUACAGCAAUGGAACUCAAUACUUCAUUAAAGGAAUCGCGUAUCAAUUGACGGAAGCCGACCCUUUGGUCAACACCAAGCAAUGCCAGCUCGAUGCAGCCUCCAUGCAAAUCCUGGGCGCGAAUGCCAUUCGAGUAUACCACGUCGAUCCUGCCGGAGACCACACUGGGUGCAUGAGUGCGUUCGCGGCUGCUGGAAUCUAUCUGUUUGUUGACUUGGAGACAUUCAACACUGCUAUCGAUCCUCGCAAUACAUCAUGGAACCAAACCCAAUUCGAUGCCUACGCCAAGGUCAUGGAUGCCUUCCACACAUUUGACAACACCGCAGGUUUCUUCAUCGGAAACGAAGUCAUUGCCCUGAACAACCAGUCCCUCGCAGCACCAUACGUCAAAGCUGCAGCCCGCGACCUAAAGGCAUACCGAGACAGCAAAGGCUACAGAAAGAUCCCCGUUGGCUACUCUGCCGCAGAUAUCGCCGAGCUGCGGCCCAUGCUGCAGAACUAUCUCGCCUGUGGCAGCAACGCCUCUGAAGCAAUCGACAUGUUCGGCCUGAACGCAUACGAAUGGUGCGGAAACAACAACAUGCUGACCUCCGGCUACAAUACCCUCAACCAAUUCGCAACCGGCUACAACAUCCCGAUCUUCUUCUCAGAGACGGGCUGCAACACCGUGCAACCACGUACCUUCGACGACCAGUCUGCAAUCUUUGGCCCGGAAAUGAAUGGUAUCUGGUCUGGAGCGAUUAUCUACGAAUGGAUCGAGGAAACCAACAACUACGGCCUCAUUUCCUACGGUCCCUCCGUCGCCGCUACCGUCGUGGCCACCAACGUCGUCGCAGGUAUCUCCCGCACAGGUACUCCCAUCCCUGUGACACCAGACUACGCGAAUCUGCAAUCCCAAUGGGCAACCUUGACACCCACUGGUAUUGCGAGCUCAGCAUACUCGCCAAGCUUGUCACCGCCUGCGUGCCCGACUUCUACUGCCGGAGGAUGGCUGGUGCAGGGUGAUGUCAAGCUGCCGAGUAUCGGGCAGACACUGAGCACUGAUGCUUCCGGUGCGGUGGUCACGGGAACACCGACGAGCACGGGGGCCCAAAGUACGAGCACGAAGAAAUCCGGCUCGAAUGGAAGCAAGGAGAUUACGGGGAUGAGUGUGGGACUCGUAGGUGUGAUGCUUGGAUUUAUGUACUGGCUGUAA